AUGGAAAGGUGGCCAGCUCUGGCCUGGUUCCUGUUUUUUACCCAUGUAGCUGAUUGGCUGAGUACAGUUCAAUCCCGAGAGUUCACAGUGCAGGACAUUAUCUAUCUCUACCCAUCAACAACGCCGUACCCCGGGGGCUUUAAAUGUUUCACCUGCGAAAAGGCAAAAGACAAUUAUGAUUGCAAUCGCUGGGCCCCAGAUGUCUACUGCCCAAGAGAUACGCGAUAUUGUCACUCUCACCAUAUCAUGAAUGCUCUGGGGGAAAGUUUGUCAGUGACAAAACGCUGCGCGUCACUGGAGCAUUGCCUGAACACGGGAUGCAGAGACAGUGGGAAGCAUGGCCACAAGGCAUGCACAUCAUGCUGUGAAGGAAAUAUCUGUAACAUUGCUCUGCCCAGGAACGAGACAGACGCCAUCUUCUCCACCACAUCCCCUCUCAAUGGCUCCCAGAGACAUUUCACACAAGGCCUUGGCCUCCUUCUGUGCCUUCUAUACUGUUCCUGGCUAUUCCUGACAUAG